AUGUCACAUUGUGAAAUGCCAAUCGAACAACUAUUUGAACUUCCAUGUGGACUUAAACUAUCGAACAGAAUUAUUAAAACAGCAAUGGAAGAAUCACUUGGUAGUGGUGAUAAUCAACCGAAUGAAUAUAUAUAUCGUCUUUAUGAACGUUGGGCAAAAGGUUCUUUUGGUUUUCUCUUAACGGGUAAUGUUCAAGUCGACGAACGUCAUCGUGGCUUAAUGACAGAUUUAAUGAUCUCGAGUAAAGAUAAGAUUGAUAUUGAAAAAUGGAAACGAUAUGCUGAUGUUUGUCAAAGUUAUGGUACGCCAACUAUUGUUCAAAUAAAUCAUGCAGGUCGACAAUCACCUUUUGGAAAAAGACCAUACAGACAACCGACAAUUGCACCUAGUAGAAUUGCAAUGUCCAUUGGUAAUAAUAUUUUUGCACGAACAUUACAAUAUUUUGUUAUUGGUACACCUGAAAAAAUGACUCUAGCACAAAUAGAUGAAGCUGUUGAGAAAUUUGCUAAUGCAGCUGAAAUUAUGGCUAAAUUUUCUAUCACCGAAAACAAACGAAUAGAUGAAUAUGGAGCAACACCAAAGGAUAGAAUGAAAUUUUUAUUUCGAAUUAUCGAUGCUAUUAGAGCAGUUGUUCCUUCAAAAUUUGCUAUUGGUAUUAAACUUAAUUCAGCUGAUUUUAAUAUUGGUGGAUUAACUGAAGAUGAAGCACAUGAACAAAUUCGAUGA